AUGGGGGAAACUAGAAAAACAGCGUGGAAGGGUCCAGUGGUCAAAUAUACUGCUUUGAUGCUUCUAGCAUUAUCUACUGUGUUAUUGCUUUUAGUCAAUCUUUCUGGGGUCACUAGUAGUGGAUUCUUAACUGAUCUUUGGUUUAGUCAAUAUACUGAUGGUCAAAGUGUAGAUGGCUUUUACUAUAAAAGAUGGACCUUAUACAGAUUAUGUGGAGCAACUUACGAUAAAUCCAUUACGGCCUGUUCUAAGAAAGUUGCAGCAUAUCCAUUGAAUCCUGCUAGUGUCAUUCUAAGUUUUAGUAAUAUCACAAGUCCCAGUCGAUACAAGAAAUAUAUUGAUAUGUCAAAGGCAGCUUAUGCCUUAUUAUUAAUUCUGUUGAUAGUAACAUUUGCUGCACUUGUUACCAAAUUGGUCGUUCUAAAACUCCCUAAGCCUCAUCAUAAUCGAGAAUUAGAAGUUGAACAGGAUGAAAGAGGUAGGUCUCGUGAAGAAAAAUCUGUAGAUGUUAAUAAAGCACCCACACAUUCUCCAGGGAAGCAGAAAACCAUUAUCAAAGAUCUACCUCAACUGCUUGGAGAUAUGGAAGAUGAUGACGAGAUGUUUAGUCUUAUGGGUUUUAGUGGGUUUGGUACUACAAAGGGUAAGUCUGUAGCGGGAACACAAGGUGGGGCAGUAGGGAGAGUUGUUUCAACAGAUUACAGGCAAUAUAUGAAUCGUGAGAAAGGGUUUAACAGGCCAUUGUCGCCAGGAAGAAAAUGA